CUGCAGUUAGUUUCAAAGUUUAGAGAACUUCGGGAGGAUUAUAGCUAAAAGUAUCUGAAAAAAAAGGUUGCCCAAAUCUUUUAGAAAAGAAGAGGAAGGGAGGCACAUGGUGAUGUAUAGACAACUUCUUCAUCUCAAGGUCAACGGGUCAUCUAUAGCUGUUCUCACAUGCUCUGACUGUGACCAGGCCAUGAAGGAUUGUGCAUUCUCUGAGAAAGAAAAUGAGUUUCGGGGCGAGCUGGUGAACCAGCGGUGGACACGAGGUGAGAGGACCAGCAGCCGCUGUCAGGCCUCCCAGAGACCGCAGAGCCGUCGACCAAUCAUGAUGAGUAUAGAGGGUGAUGACAAGCGGACUCGCACUCGGUCCAAGGGAAUCAGAGUUCCUAUUGAGCUCGUAGGACAAGAGCUGAGCUGCCCCACCCCUGGAUGCAAUGGCUCCGGCCAUAUCAGUGGGAGAUACUCACGACACAGAAGCGUUCUGGGUUGCCCCAUUGCCAGGAAGCGCCGUCUAGAGGAAGCAGAGGCUGAGCAGGAGCAAGAGCAGGAAACAGAGCGGCCUGCCUCCAAGAGGAAGUCCCACCCCCUGAAACUGGCCCUGGACGAGGGCUUCAGCGCAGAAAGUGACGCCAGCAGCGAGGCUGAGGGCGAGGGAGAAAAGGAUGGAGAGAAAGCAGGAGAGACCAAGGAAGAGGAGCAGCAGGAGGAGGAGGACAGGGAGGCAGUUGUAGAGGAGGAGGGAGAGGAAAAGACAGAAGAUCUGGUGCAGGGUGGACAGACAAAUGGACAGGACAUGGAGCCACAGAGUCAACAGAGGGAGGAGGAAGAUAAGAUGGAAGAAGACACAUAUCAGAAGGAGGAGAACACGUUUGCAGCUGAUGAAGAGGAGUGUGUGAUCGUCGAGCCUGAGCUCGGAGCAGCGCCACCUGCACCCGAGGAGUGUCGGUCCCCUUCUCAUGGCACCGAAGAGGUGGGCAACUCUCUCUUCCACCUCGGCCGAGUUUCCAGCAACAAUGCUCCAACUGUGGCCGUUCAGCAGCCUGUUGCUAUGGAGACUGAGGAGGAUGGAGCUGUGGCAGCCAAAUGGGGUGAAGAAGUAAAGGACAAACAGGAGGGGGACAUGAAUAAGGGGAGAGAGGAAGAGGAGGAGGUGGCACACAGAGUUCAAGUAUUAGAAGAGUCAUCUUUUCUGCAGAAGGAGGCAGCUGAAGCAGAGGGAGCAGAGUUGGAGGAGGAGGUGGAGGAUGAGCAAGGAGAGCGCAAAGACAGGAGCAACCACGUGAGCCAGGAGAACCACCAGUAUCUGACCGCAGAUGUCCACCAUAAACAGAUCAAAGAUGAAGAGGAGGAGGAGGAAGAGGAGGAAGAGAUGGCAGUGCCAGCACAGCAGAGGCAGGACACUUCAGCAGUACUAGAGGAGGAUGAGGAGAGAGAUGAAGAGGACCACAGGGACCAUGUUCUGCCCACUUCUGAUGUGCCAACUGCCACCCGCACCAUCACCAGCACCGCAGCAGCUCAGGGAACACACAUGAAGACUGAAGACCACAGGGCCGGGCCUCUGGAGGACUACAGCUCACACAGGGCAAGUCCCCUUGACAAAUGUGACUCUCAUAAACCUAGCCCACUUCAAAACUACAAGGCCAGCCCUCCUUUAAGCUUCAGCUCCCACAGGGCCAGUCCCCUGGAGGACUACUUUCCCAACCCCAGAAUUGAGACCUAUCAAAUCCACAAAGCCUCGUCCUCAGCCUCUCCGGACAUUAUCGAGGUGCGAUCAGAUAAGUCAGAGGAAAAAGACUUUGACGACGUGGAUGGGGAUGAUGAGCGUGAUGACGAAGACAGCCUGUCGCAGCGUUCCACAGUGACAGACGAGUCCGAGAUGUUUGACAUGACCCGAGGGAACCUGGGCCUGCUGGAGCAAGCCAUUGCUUUGAAGGCAGAGCAGGUGAAGCCAGCUGGGCCCAGAGAGCUGCUCCGUGCCCCAGAUAUCCACCACCAGCGAUACUUCACCAUGGAAGACAGGCCCAAGCACCUGGACGUCCUCCGCAAGAGCUACUUCAGCAAAGAGAGCAGUAGGCCAGAGAAGAGGGAGAUCAAGUGUCCCACUCCGGGGUGUGAUGGGACGGGUCACGUGACCGGUCUUUACCCCCACCACCGCAGCCUGUCAGGCUGUCCGCACAAGGACAGGAUCCCCCCGGAGAUUCUGGCCAUGCACGAGAAUGUGCUGAAGUGUCCAACUCCUGGUUGCACCGGUCAGGGCCAUGUUAACAGCAACCGUAACACACACCGCAGUCUUUCUGGAUGCCCCAUUGCUGCUGCAGAGAAACUGUCCAAGAGCCACGAUAAGCAGCAUCUCUCUCAGCCAGGCAACGAGCACCUGAAAGGAAGUCCCAAUGACCGAGUGUUAAGACCCAUGUGCUUUGUGAAGCAACUGGAGGUGCCCCAGUAUGGCAGCUACAGGCCCAACAUGGCACCUGCCACGCCUCGCGCCAAUCUGGCCAAGGAACUGGAGAAGUACUCCAAGGUGUCCUUCGAUUAUGCAAGCUUUGACGCUCAAGUGUUCGGGAAGCGCAUGCUUGCUCCAAAGAUGCCCACCAGCGAAACCUCACCCAAAGCCUUCAAAACUAAACCCUCAUUCCCCAAGUCAUCGUCGCCCAGCCUCAGUCUCCACGGUUACGGAAAGAGCUCCACCUUGGCCUAUGACUACUCCCAUGAUGCCGAGGCCGCUCACAUGGCUGCCACUGCCAUCCUCAACCUGUCCACACGCUGCUGGGAGAAACCUGAGAACCUUAGCACCAAACCCCAAAACAAGGAAAUGGACAUUGAGGUGGAUGAGAAUGGGACCCUGGACCUGAGUAUGAAGAAGCCCUUUAAACGAGAGGGCAGUCUGUCCGCCACUAGUCCCGGGGUUCGGUCCCCAGACCCCUCCUCUUCCUCCUCUUCGUCACUGCAUCACAGCGGAAGCAGCGGGAUGACAUCGCCCAAUCUACACGCCUACAAGCAGGAGGACUGGGAGGGACCUCUGGAUUACACCAAACCGAACCGCCAAAGGGAGGAGGAAAUGGACGAGAUGGAGCACACUGGCCAGUCGUUUGUGUCUUCUGACCAAGAGGACUGUGACAUGAUGCAGGACUGUCUAGAGGAGAGGAAGUACCCAGGAGAGGUCACAACCCCAAGCUUCAAGGUCAAGUUCCAGCCCAAGGAUAGCAAGAAAGAGCUGCUCUCGUGCCCUACACCUGGUUGUGAUGGCAGUGGCCACAUCACUGGAAACUAUGCGUCCCAUCGCAGAUGCCCCACUCCAGGAUGUGAUGGCUCAGGUCACAUCACAGGAAACUACGCCUCCCACAGAAGUCUCUCUGGGUGCCCGCGUGCCAAGAAAAGUGGAAUUAAAACUCCUACCAAGGACAACCAGGAGGACUCCGAGCUUUUAAAAUGCCCGGUGCCGGGCUGCGACAGCCUGGGCCACAUCAGUGGGAAGUACGCCACACACCGCAGCGCCUACGGGUGUCCGCUGGCGGCCCGCAGACAGAAGGAGGGUCUCCUAAACGGCACACCCUUCAACUGGAAGGCCUUCAAGGCAGACGGGCCGACCUGUCCCACCCCAGGCUGUGACGGCUCCGGACAUGCUAAUGGAAGCUUCCUCACUCACCGCAGCCUCUCAGGAUGCCCCAGAGCCAUGUACGCCAAGAAGAAGGCCAAGUUCCCCACAGAGGACUAUCUGAGCACCAAGUUCAGAGCCGGUGAUGUUUUGGACAAUGAUGAGGACAUCAAGCAACUCAACAAAGAGAUUAACGACCUCAAUGAAUCCAACAAUGAAAUGGAGGCUGACAUGGUCAACCUGCAGACUCAGAUCUCCUCCAUGGAGAAGAACCUGAAGAGCAUCGAGCACGAGAACAAGAUGAUCGAAGAGCAGAACGAGGCCCUCUUCAUGGAGCUGUCUGGUCUCAGCCGCGCCCUGAUCCGCAGCUUGGCUAAUAUACGCUUGCCGCACAUGCAGGAGCCAAUCACCGAGCAGAACUUCGACAGCUAUGUGAGCACGCUGACCGACAUGUACACUAACAAGGACUGCUUCCAGAGCCCCGAGAACAAGGCUCUGCUGGAGAGUAUCAACAAAGCUGUGAAGGGCAUCAAAGUCUGAGGCUCGAGACACACACACACACAAACACACACACGGAGAAAACGCAAACUGUCUUGAAGCGCAGGAGCGUGACGGAGGUGAAGAUGGAGAGACGGAGGAGAGAUGUUGAAAUACUCUACAAUAUAUUGAAAUAUGAUUCAAAAACAAAAAGGGAAUUCAGGUUAUUUAAAUAAACGGCAACUUAAAAAAAAAUUCAACCCAGGGAGCACUCUGUUAGAAGAAAAGUGACGCGGACCAAAAUCCACACCAUGCUGCUGCUGGGAUCAGGAGGAAGAAACAGAUUCUUCAGUCAGAAUGGAUGGAAAAGAAGAAUUAUGUUACUAGAAACUGUGUCCGGGGGGUUUAAUAUGCUGUAUGUUUACCUGUUGUCUCUUUCGUGUCCGUAACUGUUUUUGGAGGUUUCACUGUUGCGCGGCUGAUCGGUUUUCACGCUUCACAUCAACGUAAACGUGGUGGAAUGCGAACACGGGAUCGCUCACAGGAGCUGGGUGACAGGAAGAGGAGGACACGGAUGAGCUGAACGUGAAGACUUUCAGUGCUGUCCUGUAGCAUUCACUGUGGCGAGUGUGUGUGUGCGUUCGCCGGCUCCAGAAGCUCUCUGAUUCAUGACCACACACACACACCCCAGCAAUAUGAAGCAUGCACUACACUGAAUUUGUGUUUGCUUUGUGGUAUUACUGCGUUAAAGAUGUCAACAGCGCAAUGUUGACUCAGUUUAGCGGGAAAAAAAAAUUCUUCGAGUAAUGUCGUGAGACAGAUCCAGGAACAGUGUAGGUUGUUUCUUUUUUCGUGGGACAGCUGAUUCCAUGUUUUGAAAAGCAGCAGAUAAAUCUUUUUUUUUUUUUUUUUUUGUAAACUGAAAUGAAAAUAGUAAUAGUGUGCACACAUUUCAAAUUCAGUUAGUCAUAUCAAUAGUAUUUAUCAACAUAGGAAUUGCACUUCAUUUCAAUUAAUAGUUUUGUGGUACAUUAAUUAUUGUUAUAUAUGAAUUAUUUAAACUUGUGGACAUUUAAAUUGUAACUUAUUGCCAUUUAUGUUAUUGAGGUUUAUUUAUUUGAAGCAAUCUAUUUAUUAACUUGGUUUUGUAACACACAAAAAUGCAUCUUUACUGAUACUCACAGUCAAAGCGAUUUGCAGAUGUCUUACGUCAAUAUUUUAAGAAUCUAUAUAGAUAACUGACAAGGCAUAUUUUGUUUUGAGUACUUUUUAAAAACCUUUUUAAGUGCAGAUGUUUUAUAACUGACAAAAUUUUUGAUAAUUUUACAAAAAAAAAGUUAUUUUUUUGGGUUGUUCUUGUUUCUCCUCCCUUUUGUUUAUGUUCUUUCUGUUACUGCUACAUUCAGAAACCCACUGCUGAGAAAAAAAAAAGAAAGUAUGUAUUUAUUAUUUAUUUAAUAUGAAAGAAAUUGACUGAUAUGGCUGUAUAUUUAUUUUGUUAUUUAUGUGCGUGAUGUGACGGUUGAGUCUGAGUAGUCUUAAAGAUCCACUGCUAAUAUUUAAAUAAAGAAACAAAAUCAAUACAAAUACUGUUUGAUUACUUAGGCUUAUACCUAGACAUACCAGCAGCUGAUUGUAAAGACAAAAAAAUUCCCCAACAAAAGCAAUCACUGUUCUGUUGCUAUCUGGUCUCUGUGUGUUUGCUUUUGUGAGGUGAAAGAAAACCAAGAAAUGUUCAUUUAAAAAAAAAACUAAACUAAACUAAAUAAAACAAAACAAAACAAAAAAAAAACAGAGUUCAAAAAUGUUACCUCUCCCAAGCGCUUUGUAGCGGCCACCACUGGCUCACCCAAAACCUCUGUAAUGUACCAUAGAUGCUUAAGUAAUGCUUUUUUUUUCUUAUUUAUUAUUUUCAGCAGUACAAUGGUACAUUUAUAGAGCUGUAUUCCAGCAGUGUUUUAGGCUGGAUGUAUGGGUCUAAAACACACACACACACACGCACACACACACACACACAGCGACAUAUCCAACCCUAGAGGAUACUGUAGGAUGGCCUCCUUUGACAAACUUCUAUCAGAUAAGCAUACACACCCUUGUAGCCUUACUCUAGAUUUUAAUUUUUUGAUGCACAAAGUGCCACUGAAAAAAAAAACAAAACAAAAAACAAAACAAGAGAACUCACUUUCUUUCCUGAUUCUUCGCAUUUCUGCAAUGUAACAAUGUCUGGUCCCGGGAAGACCACGGCAUCAAGAGAGUGGUGAUUGUUUCAGAUGCCUUUAUUUCUCUGCCAAGAUGGCCAUAAGUACACUAUAUAUACAUUCUGUAUAAAUAGAUUUUAAAGAUGCUAUAUAUAUGAAUAUAAACAUACAUAUAUUUUUCCAGUGUAAUUGUUGACUUGCUCUUCUUCUUCUCUUGUAUUACCUUAUCAAAGGAUCGCUAGCUGUCUAGAAGAGAUGUGAGGGGCGUUAUCAAUAGGAGGCAGUUACACCUUAUUUAAUAUCAUUAAGACCUGCUCAACUGUGGCUUUAAACAUACCAUUCAGUCAAGCUGAAGGCAAAGUAGGCGUUGUUGAUGAAACAGUACAAUACUUUGGAAGUGUUUUCAUAGGUUUCCUUUCCUCCUUUUCUUUCUUUGUCUGUCCUUGAUCCAGAAAUGUCAGAAACAUCUACUGUGUGUUGUACUACUGAAUCUGAGAAAUGACUGUCAAUUUGAAACUAGAUGGUUGGCUCUUUGUCAUGUGUCAUGUGAGUUCAUGUAUAUUAAAAAAAAAAAAAGAUGAUGCCUCUGAAUAAUGUUCUGCACAUAGUGUUUGGCGACAUUGUGCAGUUAUUGUAUUGUUAAUGGUAAGGCCUGCUCGCUAUGAGCCCACUCUCUCUAAUGUUGAAACAAGCAAGUAGGAGACUUUAGUGUAACCUGCCUUUGAGUGAUCUGUCGCAGCUACUGUGGUGUACAGUAUGAUACCCUUGUGUAACGCUGAUGUCAAAGGCAUGUUGUAAAUGUGCUUUUAGCCAAUGUAGAAUGAAACUCCUUUGUGCACUUUCUCACUGUUGAAAAUGCCAGCAUUUGAGUCUUGACUUGGGAAAACCCCAAUAGAUCACAGGCAAUAGCAAGUAUUCACCCCCCACCACUGGAGGGCUCAUUACAAAGCAUUGUCACACCUGUUUGUUGCUGUUCAUAUAGAGAACAACCUGUGUGUUAUGUCAGAUAGAGACAUCUCUUCGAUUCAGGGGGUUCGAUGCUCAAAAAUGUAUGAAAAGGGAAGUGGUACUUUCUUUUCCAAACAAACAAAAAAAAAAAACAAAACAAAAAAAAAAACAAAAGAGACUGACAGGAAGCAGAGCUUGGUUCUCAGGUGACCGGGGAGAGCUGCUGAAGCAGAACAGAGCUAUGCCAUAGGUCAGCCAGUCAGCUGAGGCUAGAGGCGAUAGCAGCGGCUGGAUCAAGGCCACGUGUGAAACGAGAUGAGUGUGUGGGAGUGGGAAAUUGAUUUGCCAGGCUACACAGUCUCCCCCUUGUUUUAGGAGGAGGUGUUUGUUGCAUAAAUAUGUGUCUAUCACUCAAAAGAAUGUCAAAGCUUUUUAUGACUUUUAAACCCACUGCUCCCCCCCCCCCCCCCUUCCCUUCUUCAUGUCUUGUGUAACCUUUCCUCAGGAAAGAUAGUUUUGAUGCAUUUGGUUAACAAAGUAGCAUAUCCUUCCUCUCUUGAAAUGCACGAGAAUACUACCGGAUAGUGUUAAGACUGUGAAUAUUCUCCUAACUUAUUUGAUAUGGCAUGACCCCUUUUAAACUGCUUGAUGAAAAUGUCUACUGAGGUAUGUAAAUGAAAAACACUGAGGCCAUGAAAGCAUAGCAUUUUCAAAAAAUGUCAGCUGAGAAAGCAAACGCAGCCUACGGUUGGUUCUGCGCCCACACACUGUAUGUUUUCUUAUUUACAUAAAAGUACUGAGUGAUGGAGUGAGGAGCUUUAUUAUUCUAAAUAGCAAAGAAAAUU